GAAAUCUUGCUUAAACCCUAAACCCCCAAAAUUUUGCAUACCUGCGUUCUGUCUCUGCGCCCCUCCAGGCUCCAAUUCCCCCUCCCCCUCUCACGACAGACGGAGAGAAACUAAGCUAUCAAGAACUGCACAGAGGAAUGGUUUCGGAGAGCGAAGAUUCUGAAACCAUGAAGGAAGAGAAGACGCCGAAAAUUCCGGUGUGGGAUUUGCCUGAUGUUCCGAAGGGAGGGCUGCCCCCGCACCUCGAACUCCAGAGAACUCGCGUUCUCUGCACUUUCGAUGCCCCUACUCAUACGGAAAAUUUUCAAUACUCCGGUGCAUAUGCGUCGAUGGGAGUGGAUAACAGUCUCCGAUUGGAGGAAUUUCGCAGCAAUUUUAGAGUUGAAGUUAUUAGUCUCACAGAGGAUGAUAUGGAGUUUGAUAUGAUUGGCAUUGAUGCUGCUAUCGCGAAUGCUUUUCGAAGAAUCCUCAUCGCCGAGCUUCCCACCAUGGCUAUUGAAAAGGUUCUUAUAGCGAAUAACACCUCAGUGGUCCAAGAUGAAGUACUCGCGCAUAGACUGGGUCUUGUUCCACUUAAAGUUGAUCCAAGGCUCUUCAAUUAUAAGUCAGAAAAUGAUGAACCCAAUGAAAAGAAUACUAUUGUAUUUAAACUCCAUGUUCGUUGUGAAAGAGGGAGCUCACGUAUUAAAGUAAAGUCCAACGAGCUGAAGUGGCUGCCACAUGGCAGUGAGUUCAUACUAGGCACAGAAAAAGCAGCUGCAGAUUCGACUUCAAAGACGAAAACUUACACUUCAUUUAAUUGUAGCCAAGACUCUUUGCUGGAAUUUGUAAACAACCCAAUUGGGCCGAAGCAUGAUGAUAUCAUUUUAGCUAAACUUGGUCCGGGACAGGAAAUUGAGCUGGAAGCACAUGCUGUGAAAGGAAUGGGUAAGACGCAUGCAAAGUGGUCCCCUGUUGCUACUGCUUGGUAUAGGAUGCUUCCUGAGAUUGUCUUUUUGCAAGAAAUUGAAGAUGAAAAGGCUGAAGAACUUGUCAAGAAAUGUCCUGUUAGAGUGUUUGAUAUUGAAGAUAUUGGUAAAGGUCGAAAGAGAGCAACUGUGGCAAGACCUCGAUCUUGUACUCUCUGUCGCGAAUGCAUCAGAGGAGAUGAUUGGGAUAAGCGUGUGGCUCUUCGGCGUGUAAAAGAUCAUUUCAUUUUUACAAUAGAGUCCGCAGGAGCGCUGCCUCCUGAAGUACUGUUCACCGAAGCUGUGAAGAUUUUAGAAGACAAGUGUGAGCGGGUGAUAACUGAGCUCUCCUGAGUUCCUUCAAAGACAACCUUGGCAUGGGGAAGAUCCAAGUACAUUGGAAACGAAGAUGUAGGAAUUGUUUGUCAGUUAUUUGGCAUGACUACAAAUUUCAGAUAGCCCGCUCCAUGUUCAUGUCUCUACAAUCAAGCAGUGGAGUGAAACGUAAACAUCAAACGCAGUUGAAGUCAAAAUCGGCAUUUACAUCAUGACGGAAACUAUUGAAUGUAUCAAGAAUUGGUAUAUAAGCAUCAUCCGGUGUACUGCACUUACUGUGUAAGAAAAAUGUAGUACCUGAACCUACAAGGUCGAAUGCGAAUCCAUUUCAUUUUCAGUAUUAUCUUAAAGAUGCAGUCACA